CUAAACAGAUCGUUGUUUAUAGGCAUAAUUUUUUAAAAAUAUUCCUAUUCAUCAAAAUUUAUACAUCAUUAAAACAAUGAAAAUGUGACACUUACAAAAGUGUAGCUAUACAUUACAAUUUUGCGAAUAGUGCCUUUAUUUAUGCAUAACUGUAUACAAGUGAAACAACUUAAUGUUUAGAGCUGCUAUGGCAAAAAAUAUAUUAUUUAACAGCAGGAAACUGUUAAAAGCUUCCAGAAAACUGUUAGUGAUACAGAGAUCUUUAACAUCAGUUAUUGAUGCAUCAAAUGGCUUGUCUGAGGAUAAAAAGGCUAUUCAAGAAUUAGCAUUUGGAUUUGCAGAAAAGGAAAUGGCACCAAAAAUGCUUCAAUGGGAUCUAGAGGAAGAGUUUCCAUUGGAAACAUUACGUGCUGCUGCGAAACUUGGAUUUGGUGGCAUAAGGGUCAGUGAAAAGUAUGGUGGCAGUCAUUUAGGUUGUUUUGAUGCAUCUAUCAUAUAUGAAGCACUUUCCACUGGUUGUACAAGUACUACAGCAUAUUUAUCAAUACACAAUAUGGUGCAAGGAUUAAUAGAGCAAUAUGGAUCUGAAUACCUCAAAGACAAAUUUCUUCCUUUACUGGUAACUUGUGAGAAAUUUUCAUCUUAUUGUUUAACAGAACAAGGGUCUGGAAGUGAUGCAGCAUCAUUGUCAACUACUGCAAGCCACAGUGGUGAUCAUUAUGAACUUAAUGGAUCAAAGAUGUUUAUAAGUGGAGCUGGAGAAUCUGAUAUUUACGCUGUAAUGGCACGGACGGGAGAAAAAGGUCCAAAAGGUAUCACAUGUUUUGUAGUUGAGAAGGGCACACCUGGUCUAGAAUUCGGAAAAAAGGAGAAGAAAGUAGGAUGGAAUUCACAACCCACACGCACAGUCUUUUUCGAUCAUUGUAAAGUUCCAGUCGAAAAUCGAGUUGGAGAGGAAGGACAGGGGUUUAGUAUUGCAAUGAAUGCAUUAAAUGGUGGAAGAAUAAGCAUUGCUUCUUGUUCAUUGGGUGCUGCUUAUAAAUCGAUUCAAGCCUCAAUUGAAUAUGUGGAAGAUAGGAAACAAUUCGGGGAGAGCAUCAGUCAAUUUCAACACACACAGUUUAAGCUUGCUGAAAUGGCAACAGAUUUAAUGACGUCAAGGUUGAUUGUUCGAAGUGCUGCUGAAGCAAUUGAUAAAAAAGAUCUCAAUUGUGCAACCAUUGCAGCUAUGGCUAAACUGCAUGCAACAGAUAAAUGUUUUGAUAUAUGCAAUGAUGCCUUGCAGUUGCAUGGAGGAUAUGGCUAUUUGAAGACAUACCCUGUUCAACAGUUUAUGAGAGAUACUCGUGUUCAUAAAAUACUGGAGGGCACUAACGAAGUUAUGAAAAUAAUCAUAUCUCGAAAACUGUUAGAAGCACAAACUACAUAAUCUUGCUAAAUGGUUUUUAUUUGCCUGCUGACGAUUGUAUGUCCUAGUUAAGAAGUUUUUUUAAUAUUUCAUCUCCUAGAAUUCGACAAUUUUUUACAUAAUUGUAUUAUUUAUUAUGAAGUGCAAUGUAAAUUAUAUACUACUCCUUCUGUCAUAAUAUAUUUUAAUCUUUUUGGAUUAUAUCAUA